UCUUCUGCCUUCACUACAUUCAGUGAACUUUCGCAAUAUCUUUCAGGUGGUUUGAAAGAUUAAUAAAUAUCUAAAAGAGUGUAAAAAAGUGAAAAUCUUGGACAAAAAGAUGCAUUCAUGAAUGAGGGAUGAAUUCUGGGAAAGAGAAGAAGAAAGCGAUCAGUGAUCAGCAGGAUCUUAUGAGCAACACUCUGGUGUCUGCAGAUAAGGAGUUGAGGCAUGUUGGUGUUAGGAAAUCACACAACUCCAACCUGGAAGAAUAUGACAAAGUAUCUCCUGGUCCUUCUCACUCUGUUCUGCUUUCCUCUUCCUCUCCUCUUCCACGAUCCAAAGAUCUCAGAGUGACUUUCGAACAGGAAAAUUCAAACAGCUUUCCAAGGACAAAAAGCAAACAAAAAGCAUCCCCUUUAUUAUUGAGAACUGAGCAGCAAUCAGUAUUCACUCCUACAUGGAGCACACCAGAGAUCAGAUCUUUAUAUUUGGACUCUGAGCUUACAGAAGGAACCAAUAAACCAUGGGACAUGAAUUUUAGGGAUGUUGUUUUGUCACGGACUGAAAUGAAUCACCCUUUGGCUGAAGCUGACACAGAGCUGGAAUCACGUACUGACAGACUGCUCCGCCUUACCAGGGACUUAUAUGAAGUGACCCAUCUACCUGAUGCUGCCGUACAGUUUUUUGAGUUGAGACAAGAGGAACGAUCACCAAAACAUAAACUCUGCAUGAAUUCCUUAUUACAGCCAGACAAACAGAAAACCCAGCAGACUCCUAAGCAACAGCUGAAGAAACAGGUGAUCUUUCCAGAAAGCCAUAGAAGCUCUGUGCCUGGUCCAGUUGUCCAGCCCUAUGGCCCUGAUGUGUGUGCUGUAUUGCGGAGUCUACUGGAUUUGGUGGAUGAGCACUGGAGUGGACAAUUCUCCCUGCACCUCAAUCUCAACUUUAUGGCAAAAGCCAUCCUCCUUCUGUUACCUCUGACCAACCCUGUUCCAUCAUCUCAACCUGAGGACAAGAAAGUAGAAGAAAAUAACAAACAGAAAGGGACCAGGGAAUGGUGUGAUGUGGAAAAAUCAAAGCCGGUAAAGAGCAGAGUGGGGGAUGAGCAGUGUGGAAAUGAGGAGUGGGAAAGCUUUGGAGAACAACCAACAGCACUUGAUGUCUCUGAAGUUAGACAACUAAAGAGACAACCUCCCAAAACGCAACGUGAACAGGAAACCUUGAAGACGAGACUGAUCAUGGCUUUAAAAGAGAACUUCAUUUUGCGAGAAGAGAAAAUGAAGAUGAUUGCAAGUCUGGAACGUGACACCACACUUUUGGACUUGGGGGUACAUCUGGAUAGAGAAACACAAGUUCUUCAACAGCAACACAAACUCUUAAAGCAGUUAGAACAAACACUGCAUCUUCUACAGGACAAUCACAGAUCCUUGCUAUCACAACAUGACUGGCUACAGAAUUUGAUCAAAAGAACCAGCAAAUCCAGUAAAACAAUAUAA